AUGUUAGAAGCCAAAGCAGCCGGCAGUGAUGAGGAUCACGCCGACGACGACAACGACGACGACGACGACGGGCCUACCUGCCUCAUCUGCCUCGGCCCCAUCGAGGACCUCACUGUGCUGCCCCUCUGCCAGCACUCGUGCUUCUGCUUCGAGUGCAUCGUCCGCUGGGCAGAGCUCAAACGCAAGUGUCCGCUCUGCCAACGCAGCGUCGGACCCUACGUCGUACACAGCAUACGCGCAGACGACGACUGCCUGCGCUACCACCUCCGCCCUCCCAUCGACGCCGCCACCGACGGCGCCUUCGCCUCGUCCUCGUCCUCGUCCACGUCCUCGCCCUACUCCUCCUCGACCCUCGCCGCUCAGCAACGGCAGAGGCAGCAGGAGAACGAGUCGAUCCGACGUCAACUUGCCCACCGCGUCGGCGCACGUCGGCCUGCGCGGCGGCCUUCGACCGAGGCGCAGCGCGACGCCGACCUCGCCCUCGCCCGCCGCAAGCACGUCUACCGCACCGGCUCCUACGUCCUCCACGUCGGCUCCAACCGCUACACGGGCUUCCACGCGCCGCCCACGCCGAGCCGGAUCGCCACCUCGGCGACGCUGCAGCAGCGCCUCGCCGCCUUUGUCCGCCGCGACCUCUACGCAUGGCCCAACCUCGACGUCGAGUUCCUCACCACCUACACCCUCAGCAUCAUGAAGUCGCUCGACAUCCAGAGCAACGAGGCCAUCAACCUCCUCUCGGACUUCCUCGGUCCCGACGGCGCACCCCACUUUGCACACGAGGUCGCCACCUUUCUUCGCAGCGGGAGGGAUCUAAAGGCCUAUGACGCUUGUCGCUGGGUCCGGUAUCCAAUGGCGCCUGCAGAGGCUGCUCCAGCCGCCCCCUCCGCCGCUGCUGCUGCUGCUGCUGCUGCUGCUUCGGCGUCGUCCUCAUCUUCAUCGGCCGUCGUAGCCGGGAGCCGCGGCGUCCAAAAGGCAGGGAGACCACGCAAGAAGAGGCGCUCCGACACCGGCGCACUCGAGCCAAACGACGAUCCACCAGAUCCACAGCCGCAUCCCCAACUCCACCGCUGCGAGAGGACGUGA